AUGUCAUUAAAUGGAAAGAGCAAAUCGUCCGUUUUACGACAAACCAUUAUUCCAAGACCAAGAGAGCAGCUGUUAGGCUCUACAAAGAACACUGAACGCGAAUCUUCUUGUCAACAAUCGCCAUUGUCGAGCGUUUCCAACACAAACAAAUCGACCAUAAUUUUCAAAGAUGCUCCUGCGAAAGCAUUUGAACCCAAGGUCUAUGUGCCAUAUAAACAUGCUCAAAAUGGAAUACCAAGACAGGUUGUUGUAGAGAGGUUGAGGAGACAAUACGAGCAACAAGAUAUUGAGGAAUUACUCAAGAAUGAAGGAAUAGACUACUCAACUCCAAUCACACCAGAAAGAAAGUUUGAAUUAUACUUACCUCUUGAAAUUUUUGAUAACACCGAUUUUGAUGACAGACCUGCCAGCGAAUGGAUAAACUUGGGUAGAAACGAUGAGACUGGUCAAUUCACAUACGUGCCUGCAAAAGCCCUUCUUCAACAAGAUGGAGUUGGAAGCUGGUAUUUUUGUAAAGUAUAUGAUGUGGAUGAAUCUAAUAACAGAUACCUUGUUGAUUUCGUUCAUCAAGAGGGAAACAGGGUUUGGUUACCAAGAAUUAAUGUUAUGUUUCUUGCCGAAGACCCAACAAAAUUUGCUAGACGGGUGGCACAUGCUCACAAAUCAAGAAAAAUAGCUGAAUCUCUAAUUAGAUAUUAUUUGUAUAUAGAACACAUGCCAAUAGAUGAGGUUUCUCCUUUAUCAGAGGAACAAAUGAUGAAUAUCAGAAGGCUAGGUUGUAAUUCUCAAAAAUUGAGAGACAAAGUAUAUGACUCAUCGACAGAUGAACUUCUAAACGAAAUCAUUAAGGAAUACCAAAAAGUUACCAAUAGGAUGAUAUUCGAUAAGAACAUGAAGGAUCCUCUUCAAAAAGAUUUAUUUAAGAACUUGGAGCUUCCAGACGAGUUUCUUGACCCAUUUCAAAAGAAAGCCCCUUAUCUAGGAACAAUUGAAAUACCGCCAUACCCAUUCGACGAAAACAAAAGACAAUUUUUCUUUAACUCAUACUUCACAGAAAAAAACAUUUUGGAUGCAUUGCUGAAUGUUAAGAAAGAGCUUUUAGACAAACAAAAUUUUAAGAUUUUUCAUAUUCCUUUAAAGAAAACAGUAACAUUAGAUGAGUUUGAGCAAAUACAAAUGCAAGCUAUUGAUUCAAUCGUAUCAAAAUUAACUGGUGAAUGGCUGACCAAUUUAAAACAGCAUAUCCAAGACAGUUUGAUACAUAUAGAAAAAGGUUGGCUUAGUGUAGCUGGAAAGACUGUUCAGAUUUAUGAAAUGAGCAAACUAAAGCGUUUUAUGAACGCUAUUAGAUUUAUGAUGCAAGAUUCGAUUAAGUUUUUAAUGCAAGAUUCUUUCAAGGAAUAUGUAAAAUAUAUUGAAGAUUAUUGUUCAUUUGAUUAUGAUAUCAAAUCGAUUGAUCACGUAGAAGUGACAUUCCACAACGAAUCAGAUACAUCCAAAAGAGCACCUAAUUUAUUUUCCAUUGAGCUUACAUUUAAAGAUGACAAAUUCUUCUAUGUAACUCCUUUAGAGAAGUUCAAGCAAAUUGUUGUUGAAAUGUUCGAUAAGGCCCUAAAGGAUUUCCAAAAGAUAUCAGACGUUGAGUCACACGUCCUUUCUGAAGAGUUUUGUGACCGAUUUAGCGAAAAACCUUCGACGUCUGACCAAGACAAAAGGAAACGACAAGGAUCAGGUUCAACAACAAGACGAACUCAAAAGAUGUUUUUAUGGGGAGAGGUUAAGAUGUUAGAUACACUCAAAUCUACUGAUUUAGAGGUUUCAAAGUGGAGAAAAACUUUAAACUCAUUCAUGGAAGUGUCUUUGUUACCACUUCAUACAUUUUUAAAGCAAUUUGAAAAGUAUGAAGAACUCCUUAGAAUUGAUGUUCAAAAAUACAUGGAUGAAUACGAAAAGAAAGAAAAUUUAACGAUUGAAGAUAUAAAGGCAGAUAUAAUUAGAAACUAUGAGAUGAAGGAUACUAUCAGAGAGAGCAUACCUCAAAAGAUUAAUGUAGGCACAUUUUUAAUUGAUUGUCAAAGCAUUAGAAACCAUCUAAGUAGAAAAUGUUCGGAGAUAGGAAAGAAAAUUUUGGACUUUUUAGCUAGGACAGCAAGCGAAAAAUGUAACUUUAUCCUUGAUAACUUUAACAAACUUUCUAGAGAAAUUAAUAAGCCACCUGAAGAUAUUGAAUCUCUAACAAAACUGAAAGGAAGGUUGAAGGAAGUUCCAGAUGUCAUCCUUGAAUAUGAAGAGAAAAUCGUGGAAGUCAAGAAUUACUAUAGUAUCUUGGAGAAUGAGUUUAAGUACCCACUUUCUGAUGAAGAGUUCAAAAACUUGUGGACAGCUGUAUCAUGGCCAAAAAAAAUUCAAGAACAAGUUGAAAAAGUGGAGGCAUUCUUAGAAAAGAAAAAAGAAAAUCUCAGAGAAAGGUUAAUUACAGAUCAAAAAUCUUUUAUCAAAGAAUUGGAAAGUAUCCAAAAAGUGGUGUCUGGGUUCUCAAAGCACAGAGAUAUUCUUGCAGUUGCUGACGUUGCAAAAGAGGUCAGAUCUAUCCAAAAACAAUUACAAGACUUCCAAGAACGAGCAAGAAAGAACAAUCAAAAAGAAAUGCUUUUUGGAAUGGAAGUUACAGAGCACACACAGCUAAAUGCUAUUGUAAAACAGUUCCAACCAUUUGCAGAUCUCUGGCUUACUGUAGACAACUACUUUGCUUGGGAAGAAAGUUGGUCAAAAGAACCUUUUGAACACUUAGAUGCUCCAAAGAUAGAGGAAGAAGUUAAAGCUGCCGAAAAAGCAAUGCUAAAGUGUAUGAAACAGUUCAAAGACAUUCCUGAAAUUAGAAAAAUUUCUGAAACGAUUAAGAAGAAGGUUGAAGAAUUCACUCCCUACCUUCCUUUAAUUUUGGCUCUGAGAAACCCUGGAAUGAGACAAAGACAUUGGCAAGCAAUUUCAAACGAAAUUGGUAUUGAAAUAAUUCCGGGCCAAACCCUGAAAUUCAUGGACGAUGUUUUCACGAUGAAAUUACUUACUCAUGAAGAGGUUAUUAGAAAAUAUAGUGAUAUUGCUUCCAGAGAAUUCACAAUUGAGAAAGCACUUAAGGAUAUGCAAGAAGCUUGGGAGACUUGUAACUUUGAGGUCCAUGCAUAUAGAAAGACUGGUACUUAUGUCAUGAAAGUCAGUGAUGAAAUUCAACAACAGCUUUCUGAGCACAUUGCUCUCACCCAAACAAUCAGUUUCUCUUCAUUCAAAAAACAUUUCGAGGCUGAUCUUAAAGCAUGGGAAAAUCAACUCAACUUAGUUUCAGAGAUAUUCGAAGAAUGGACAAAUUGCCAAAGGGAAUGGAUGGCCCUUGAGCCAAUUUUUUCUGCAGAAGAAAUGCAAAAUCAAUUACCUCAACUCUACAAGCAAUUCAAACAGGUUGAUACAAAGUGGAGAAGAAUUAUGGAUGGUGUUUACAGAAAUUCAAACAUUAUGUCUUUCUGUACCUCCACAGCCAAGCUAUUGAAGACAUUCCAAUCAAACAAUGCAAUUCUUUCCACAAUUCAAAAGGGUUUGAGCAAUUAUUUGGAAAAGAAGAGACAGCAAUUCGCAAGAUUAUACUUUCUUGCUGAUGAGGAGUUGUUAGAAAUUUUAGCGAAAACAAGAGAUCCAACAGCUGUACAGAAAUAUCUUAGUAAGAUAUUUGAAGGAAUCGGAGAGCUUGACUUUGUUGAAAUCCCUGAAGAGAAAAAGAUUAACUCAAAAGGCCCUGCUUUAGAGAUGAUUGCCAUGAUGUCCAAGGCUGGAGAACGAAUUGAUUUUAUUGAAAAAUUACAACCUUCAGGAAGUGUCGAGGUUUGGUUGAAAGAAGUUGAAAAGAUUAUGAUGAAGAGCUUAAAACUGUCGAUCUCUAAGGCUCUUGUUGACUAUAAUCAAACUCCAAGAAAUGAUUGGGUAUUGAAAUGGCCUGGUCAAGUAGUUAUCCUUGGUAGUCAGGUGUACUGGACAAAAGACAUUACCAAUGCCCUUCAAAAAGGAGGAAACAAAGGUUUAAGAGGAUAUUUGAACACUGUCAAGGAACAAUUGCUAGGGUUGAUUAGAAUCGUUAGAACAGAGAUUUCAAAAUUAGAAAAAACAAAUAUUGAAGCACUUAUUACAAUUGAGGUUCAUGCAAGAGAUGUUGUGGAACAAAUGCUUCAGGAAGGAAUAGAGAGUACUCAUGACUUUGAAUGGGUAUCCCAAAUGAGAUAUUAUUGGGAACCUACUUCAUCAGAAGAUGGAACUUCUCCUAACGAUUUUACUUGCUAUGUUAGACAAGUAGAGACUCAGUUCGAAUAUGGAUAUGAGUAUUUGGGAAACACAUCUCGUCUAGUGAUUACUCCAUUAACAGACAGAAUUUACUUGACACUCACAGGAGCACUUCAUCUUGGUUUGGGAGGUGCUCCAGCAGGACCUGCAGGAACAGGAAAAACAGAAACUGUCAAAGAUUUGGCAAAGGCCCUCGCAAAGAAGUGUGUUGUCCUUAACUGCCAGGAAGGUAUGAGAGAAAAUUCUAUGGCUCAAAUUUUCAAAGGCCUUGUUCAGUCAGGUUCAUGGGGAUGUUUCGACGAGUUCAACCGUAUUGAUGUUGAAGUUCUUUCUGUUGUUGCUCAACAGCUGUCAACCCUUCAAGAAGCAGCUAGAGCCAAAGUUCCAACUACUACCUUCGACAAUAUUCAAAUUAAUGUGGAUCCUUCAUAUGCUGUAUUUAUUACGAUGAACCCAGGUUAUGCAGGACGUACUGAGCUCCCAGACAAUUUGAAGGCUUUAUUUAGACCUGUUGCAUGUAUGGUUCCUGAUUAUGGAUUGAUUGCUGAAAUUCGUUUAAUUUCAUUUGGUUUUGAAAAUGCUAAGCCUUUGGCCAAGAAGAUGGUUCAAUCAUUCAAAUUGGCCAGUGAGCAGUUGUCGUCACAAACUCACUACGACUUUGGUAUGAGAGCUGUCAAUACAGUCAUUGCUGCAGCUGGUUUGCUGAAGAGAAAGAAUUUGAAGAUGAAUGAGGAGCUGUUAGUUCUUAGAGCAUUGCGAGAUUCAAAUAUUCCAAAAUUCUUAGUGAAUGAUGUCAUUUUAUUCAACGGAAUUGUGUCUGAUCUUUUCCCUAGAGUGAAACUGGAGGAGACAGACUAUUCGAUCUUAAACACUGCCCUCAAAGAAGCAACUGAUCAUUUUGGUAUAUCUCUGACACCUGUGUUUAACGAAAAAUGCCUGCAACUUUACGAAACUACGAUUUUACGUCAUGGAGUUAUGCUUGUUGGUGCUACCGGAGGUGGAAAAACAUUGUGUUACAAGACUCUAGCUUAUGCCCUUACUUCUCUCAGUAAGACUCACAAGGAAGAUUUCCAUCAAGUUCAUUACAGUGUCAUUAAUCCAAAAUCUGUGACAAUGGAACAGCUUUAUGGUGAAUAUGAUAAAAAUACAAGAGAAUGGAGAAAUGGAGUUUUGGCAUCAGAGUUUAGAAAGUUUGGAGAAGAUACCAGCCUAGACUGUAAAUGGUUGAUUUUCGAUGGUCCUGUUGAUGCUCUCUGGAUUGAGUCCAUGAACACUGUGUUAGAUGAAAACAAAAAGCUUUGUCUUGCAAAUGGUUCUAUGAUUGAAAUGAGCGUUCAUAUGAACAUUAUAUUUGAAGUGGAAGAUCUGGCAGAAGCAUCUCCAGCAACAGUUAGUCGUUGUGGUAUGGUUUACUUAGAUCCGAAGGCAACUGUCCCACCAAUGGUACAUGUCGAUUGUUGGUUAGCCAAGAUAUCAAAUCAGCUAAAACCAUACUUGGAGCAAUUAAGACAGCUUUUCGAACAAUUCCUGCCUGAAGGAAUAGAGUUCAUCAAGUCUCACGUCAACGAAUAUAUUCCAACCGUAGAAAGUAACUUGACACAUAGCACUUUCAAUAUACUUGAAACAAUGUUUGUUGACUUUGACCCAAGUCUGGGAAGAAAGAAGAAAAAGUCAUUUUCAUUCGAAGAAGAGCAGCAAGGUAAUGAAGAGAAGAUGUCAAAAUUGAGUAAGAUCAUUGAGCCGUUAUUCUUAUUCUCCAUUACAUGGGGUUUGGGAGCAUCAUGUGAUUUCGAAGGAAGAAAGGCGUUUGAUGCGUUCAUAAGACAAAAGAUCAAGGAGAACAAUGUUGCAAGUGUUUAUCCUGAAGAUGGAUUGAUAUAUGACUACUUCUUUAACACUGAUGAAUUAGUAUGGAAACACUGGCUAACUGUUACACCAGAACUUGAAAUCACUUCUACAACCCAAUUCCGAGAUAUGAUUGUUCCAACCAUUGAUACUGUCAGAAGUAGCUGGCUUGUUAAAAAACUACUUCACAACGAUCAUCAUGUUCUUUGUGUAGGUCCUACAGGAACAGGAAAAUCAGAGGUAGUUUCUCAGGUCUUAAUGAGAGAAAUACCUGAAGAAUUCAUUCCUUUCAUCAUUUUCUUCUCUGCCAGAACCGAAGCAAAUGCAGUCCAAGAUAUUAUUGAUGGAAAAUUGGAAAGAAGAAGACCAGGUGUUUAUGGACCUCCUCAAGGAAGAAGGUACAUUAUUUUCAUUGAUGAUAUCAACAUGCCAGCCAAACAACAAUAUGGAGCUCAACCUCCAAUUGAACUCAUCAGACAAUGGAUGGAUCAUGGUGGUUGGUAUGAAUAUUCGAAUGAAAGACUGCCUUUUAGACAUGUUGAAAGCUUAACAUUCAUUGCAGCAUGUGGCCCUCCAGGUGGUGGUAGAAAUACUGUAACUAACAGAUUAAUGAGACACUUUACUUUUAUUUCAUUCCCAGAGCUGCAACACGAAAGUUUAUCCAAGAUAUUUUCAACAAUUUUGAACAAGUCUUUCAUUGAAGUGAAUUUAAAUAUCAAAGACUUUUUUCUUGCCUGA